AUGGUCAAGUUCAGCAAUGGCCGUCUCAAAUCUGGGAAGCAUCGUGUUGUGCCACUGCCUGGAGCACAAGGCCACUUGGAUCGGUAUAGCUUGGUGUACUUUCUUCGACCGACAGAUGAAGUCCUGAUGGAGCCUGUGGAGGAGUAUAAACAUGAGCAAGUCGUGGCUGUGGGUGGGAAGGUUUGCGAAGAGAAGGUUUAUACUGCUGGUGAAUGGAUGGCACGACGAUUGAAGCAGAUGUCUAAGUGA